GAGUGUAUCGACAGGCUGUCUGUCAGAAAAAAAAGAAAAGAUUGCAACAGCAACGGAAUAGAUUUAUUGAUUUUAAUAUUCAAGUUUGUAAAACACUCCGAGGGCUGAAUUUAAUUAAAACAAUUUGGCAAAAUGGAGGCGCUGGUGAAUUACAGCAGCGAGGAUGAACACGAGGAGGAUUCCGGCUACGAGAUAAGGGCACCACCACCACCACUACCAUCUGCACAGCCAUCAGCAGCUGCUAGCCGAAAGCGCAGCUCACCACCCGCAAAUGCAUCAGCUGCAGCUGUAACUUCUGCAUCAUCAAUGGAGGUAACAACAACAGCACCAACAACAGCAGCAGCAGCUAUUACAACAUCAUCGUCAUCAUCUGUAUUGGCUGCUGUAAAGCCACACAAGUCUAAGAACAAAAGCAAAGAGCGCCAGUUGCGACGCCAGCGUCGCCGUUCGAGCAGUCAUAGCGCAAGCGGCAGCGACAGCAGCGUCGACGCCGACGACAGCAAAGACAAAUCGAAGAAAAAUAUGGCAACGUUGUCGCCAACAACAACAGCAACCUCGAAGACGGUUAAAGAUCAUCAAGUGGCUGCCAGCGGACGACAUAGCCAUCAUCAUCAUCGUCAUCAUCAUCACAGAAGCCGCAGCAGUCGCCAUAACAACAGCAAAAACAACGUCGAGGAUGCGCGUGGCAGACAGCGCGACACGGAGCGCAGCAGGGACAAGGAGCGCGACAAGGAGCGCGACAAGGAGCGUGACAAGGAGCGUGACAAGGAAUACAGCAAGAGCGAGCGUCAUCAUCGCACCAAAGAAAGCACCAAGGAGAGCGACUAUAAGCGCGAGCGCGAACGCGAGCGUGAGGAGCGCCGACAUGGCAGUGGCAGCGGCCGGGACAGAGAACGAGAUAGGACUGGCUCACGGCAUCAGGGCAAAGAGUCGCGCUAUAGCGACAACUCGCGCAACUACAACUCAUCAUCCUCCACAUCCUUGACGUACAAAUCUCAGUCACAGCAGCAGCAGCAACAGCGUCGCUCCUACGACGAACGCAGUCGUCGUCGAUCUCGCUCACGUUCGAGAUCUAGCUCCCGCACACGCACGCCUAUUGAAUCGGCCAGCAGUCGCCGGCGCCAUGGGACGUCGCAGGCUACACGCAAAUAUCGCAGACGUACCUCGCAUGAUUCUAGCAGCCGUUCCAGAUCGCCGCCGGCUCGAAAGUCUAGCGAGCCGCUAAUCAAGGCCGCCUAUCCUUCGUCUGGGCUGCUCGGCAAGCCGCCGACUCAUGUCAUGCCAUUCGCAGCUGGAGGCUCGGCAGCAGUGGCAGCAGCAGCGGCAGCUGCAGUGACUGCCACAAUGUCUGCUGCGGGCGGUGCUCCCGGCGGCGGUCUCCUGCCCACGCCCAACUAUGCGCCCAAAAUACCAUCGUUAAUGUCGCUGGAGCUGAAUACGCCGCCCAGCGCACUAGUCGAAGCGCAGCCGGCAGCUGUGCAGCUGCCCAAGUACUAUAAUCCAGGCAUCAUCAAUGCCAAUCGCUAUGCCGAGCAGCAGCAGAAGCGGAAGCUGCUGUGGGGCUCCAAGAAGAACGAGGAUUCGGCCAACAAGUGGGGCAAUGCGCAUUUCUCUCAAGACUCGGAUGGCAAGGUGGCAUCCAAGUUUAUGCGGCUCAUGGGCAUCAAGAAUGCCAACAACAAUAUAAAUCCCAGCUGCAACAGCAACAGCAGCAGCGGCGCCACCACCAACAUCAACAACAAUAGCAGCAACAUCAACAGCAACAACAACAGCAGCAGCAACAACAACAACCAAAACAAUGGCAACAACGUAAGCGCCACAGCCAAUGCGGAUGCAACGACUGACCCAACAUGCAGCAAUAGCAGCAGCAGCAGCAAUGGUGGGGCAUCUGUGCCAGCCGACGUGCAGCUGCGUCAACGCAUGUUCUCCAACAUGGAGCAGCAGUACGAGGUGGCACGUGCCGCCACCCACACGAUGCGGGGCGUCGGCCUCGGCUUUGGCUCGCAGCCGCGCAGCUUUUAAAGCGUUGAGUGGAUGCUGUAAAUAGAACAAAACUCGUUAAGUCACCUACAACUGUUCUAAUAUCUGUUCGCAAUAUUUAUUUUUG